UCAUCUUGUCUCACCCUUUGUUUAGGAGAUGCUAUACUUGCAAGAUGAAACGAAGCAUUAGGACAAAUUCUUUCUUUGCCAAGUUUCCGAAGCUACCUCUAGGACAGCUCAUUAUGCUAAUAUACUUCUGGUCGGUGGACCUGAGCCGCAAGAAGACGUCGCGGAUGUUGGCCAUCGCCAACAACCUGGUUUGCAAAGUAUUUCGUGCCUUAGAGGAUAUUUGUUCCGUGGACUUGGCGACAAAUCCAUUUCUCCCGUUUCCGGUCGGAGGAGCGGCUGUUGUGAAAUGUGACGAGAGUAAAUUUAACCAUAAAGCAAAGUACAACAGAGGAAGACGAGCCCCUGACUUAUGGGUGUUUGGCGUUCUAUACACAGCCUCAAGUCCAGCCAAAGGCUUCUACCAGGUAGUUAGGCGUAGGGAUCGGGCAACUCUUUUGCCAAUUUUGGCCAAGUGCUUGCAACCAGGAAGCACAGUGUACACAGACGACUGGGGAGCAUAUCGCAACUUACAAAGACACUUGCCAAACCGAGUUGCCCGUCAUCGGGUUGUCAUUCACUCGGAAAAUUUUGUGGAUCCCGCAACUGGUAUCCAUACACAAGAAGCUGAGUCGGCGUGGGCCAACUUGAAAAUGCCUCUUAAAGCACGGCGAGGAAUAUCCCGCGAUGACCUCCAGGCCUACCUUGAUGAUAGAAUGUGGAGGCAGUGGCGAGGUCUUGACGACAUAAUUGCUAAUUUCUUGCCUGUGCUGGCCUCGCAAUACACCAACUGCACAGUACAGUAGACUUAUUUUUGCAGUCUAGUGAAUUAUCGAUCGAGUCCUUCAAUUAUUAAAAUGAAGUCCUCCAAAGAUUAAAAUGAAAGAUGAAGUUGUGUUCUCCAGUGAAUAUUCACUUUCUCUUUUAUUACUUCCUUUCAACUCUUACAUCAACGUAGGUGCGUCAUUGUUCACCUUUCAAUUCCAGCAAAUUUCACUGCUGUGUCGAAUAUUCUGUCGCUCCUUUAAUUAUGCGGCCCCAGGAAAUGAACAUGUCGGCAUCAUUUUCCGUGAGAAUUGCUCUGAAGCCUGCUUUUUCACAAUUAAAUUCCUUUUAUUUUCAAGUUCAUUACCCGUGUACUUAAGAAAUGUAUUUGAACUAAACAAAGAAACAAGCUGAGAAAUUGACAAGGUAUGAAAGUAAUAGAACAAACGAGAUAAAAUCUUUGUUAUUGAGUUUCGAUUUGCAUCGGCUUUCAUCAAGAACAUGAAAGUCUCUUAUUAUAAUGAGCUACCCGUGCAAAAUAAAUAAGUUAUUGCAAAAGUUUUUGGAAGAGAAUUUUAACUGGAUCUUAUUAUUUCUGUUUUUUUCCUGCUUAAAGUUUUAAAAUUAUACCGAAAGCUUUAAAAAUUCUAGUAUUUCCCACACCUUCCAAUAACCAGCACCAACCGUUUGUGGAAAAACGAACAGAUUACCGGCGGCUAAUCGGCCGGAAACUACAGUCCUACAUCAGGAAGGUGUCAUAAUCUAGCACCUAGACGAGUCUCUUGGGAGCAUUUUCCACUUUUCCGGGAAUAAUAACAAACGAAAGUGUGAAAUUUUGAUAUUCGAAAUUAUUAGUCCCGCGGCGUACAUUUACGCAACACGCCUUUCACAUUUUUAGCUACUCUAACUUUAGAUGCCGAUAUCUAGACAACCAAUCAGAAUAUCGAAAAAAAGCCCGACAAACCUUUGUUAAUUAAUGCCGCCAAUUUGCUUGUGCGGCGGCAUCGGAUACCCGAUAAAUUCGAUAGAAGAGCUCUUGGUCGGUUCACGCCUUAUCGAGUCCUGACGCUUCCUAAAAGGAAAACUCGCUUGCAUUAUAUUUUUUCGCGCAAAGUGCUUCAUUAAGCUCUUUUCCGAUACAUAGUUUUCUAGGAUUUUAGUGAAACUUACGAAUUUUGCGGGCUUUCGUCAAUUUCAGCGCUGACGGUCUUUAACUAUAUA